AUGCCCCACCCAAUCUCGCACUGCGUCUUCGCCCGCACCAGCCUGACAACCUGCGACGUCUUCAUCAUGGCCCUGGGCUACCUGGACGCGCAGCAGAUGCCGUCGCCCGAGCAGUUUGUCGAGAGCGUGAGUCCGUGGUUUUUGGAUGCGGAGACGGUGUGGUGGCGCAAGUUUUGGUUGGGGGUGGGUUGA